AUGGCCCCCCUCCUGCUGAAGCAUCUGGCUACCUCCCUAGCUAGGCAAGUGGCCCAGAUGAGCCAGUGGCGUCUGACCUUCUCUUCACCGGCAGCCUUUGUUCACAGAUCUCUCUUUACGCUCAGCGGCGGUUCUCGUGCAUUUCUCCCAUCAUCGGCCAGCGUCAGCUCCAUCCAGCUCCCUUCUUCUGGCUUCCCGGCUCGGCGUGAAACCUCUCUGUUGGGACAGUGCCGGCACGUUCCCUGCGUACAGCCCUCUGCGGGAAUGAAAACCAAAACUGCCCUGAAGAGGCGCUGCAAGGACUGCUUCUUUGUUAUAAGGAGGGGACGUUUGUUUGUGUUCUGCAAGACAAAUCCAAGACACAAGCAGAGGCAGGGCUGA